ACGGUUUUCAACAUGUUAAAGUUACUGGUAUUCUCGUAUCUCCUCCUAGCCGCCGGCCAAGGAUGGGCCUUUAAUCAUGGCCAGGACUUAAUCGACUUUAAUUCCUAUGUGGACACUUUUAAUAAAACCUAUCCCACUACCUCGGCCAGAACCUUUGCCAACUACUACUUCACCUACAACCGGAAUCAGGUGGCCCAGCAAAAUGCUCUGGCGGAUCGAAAUCGCACUACCUACCGCGAGGCGGUGAAUCAGUUCUCGGACAUCCGGCUGAUCCAGUUUGCCGCCCUCCUCCCCAGGGCAGUGAAUACUCUGACCUCGCAUGCCAGCUCCCCACCGGCCACCCAGGCCUCGUCUACCACCUUUGACAUCAUCACGGACUUUGGUUUGACCGUGAAUGUGGAGGAUCAGGGCGUGAACUGCAGCAGCAGCUGGGCCUAUGCCGUUGCCAAGUCGGUGGAGAUCCUGAAUGCCGUACAGGCUGCCAAUGUAGCACCGGCAUCGCUAUCUGCCCAGCAGUUGAUCGACUGCGCCGGCAUGGGCACCGGCUGCUCCACCCAAGUGCCCCAGGCUGCCUUGGACUUCCUCACGCAGUACUCGGACUCUUACCUAUAUCCGGAAGUGGACUACCCGAAUAACAAUACCUGGAAGUCGCAGGGCAUGUGCCAGCCACCUCCGUCCGUGGGCGUAGGCGUGCGGUUGACCAAUUAUUCCACAAUAGCCGAUGGUGACGAUGCCUCUCUCAUGCGCUACGUGUCCAGUGGAUUCCCCGUGGUGGUGGAAUACAACCCGGCCACCUUCGGCUUCAUGCAGUAUUCCAGUGGCGUCUACGUGCAGGAUACCAAGUCCCUGACCAAUCCCAAGAGCUCCCAGUUCCUGGUGGUUGUGGGAUACGACCAUGAUACGGACACCAAUCUGGACUACUGGCGGUGCCUGAACUCCUUCGGCACAACCUGGGGCGAGGAAGGCUACAUCAGGAUUGUCCGAAGGGACAACCAGCCUCUGGCCAAAAAUGCCAUUUUCCCCAGCGUUAUUGCCUAAUUUUAUUUUAUUAAACACAAAAACUGAACCACAAUAUUAUAAUAAAAACUCCCCUCCAAA